AUGGACCAAAAAAUUGAUUGGGAUAAUGUACCAGACGAUGAAAUUCAUGAAACAUUAGUUGAAAGAAUAGUAGGAUUAUCAGAGUUUUGUCCAGAUGUUGUUAAUAAAGCAGUUAGUAAAGCAUUUAACACCACUAGAAGUUUAGUGAAAGGAGCAUUUUAUUAUGGAAGUAAUGGUAUCUGGAUUCUUACUACAUCAUUUGUUAUAGUGGCUCUUCCAUUUGCUGUUGUUAAAGAACUACAUGAACUUGAAAAAUCCGAGCAACAUGCACGUCAAGCCAUGCUUCUUGGUCCCCAAAAACAGCAGCUUCAAAAAUAA